AUGAGUAGUAGUGUGAGAAACAAAGGUGGGAAGAAAGCCUCGUUGGCUUUCUUAUUUACUACUGCUGCUCUUCUAGUAGUAAUAGUUUCUUUAAGCUUUCCAUUCUUCGCUAAUGCAUAUCAGCCUCCAACAGAUAGCCAAGAUUCUGUGCCAUCAACGGUACUACCAAACCUUGGGAAGAAAAGUCCUGCGGUACCAAAGCCAUUACCACCACCAAAGAAGAAACCUCCAACAGAUAGCCAAGAUUCUGUGCCAUCAACAAUUCUACCUAACUUGGGGAAGAAAAGUCCAGCAGUACCAAAGCCAUUACCACCACCAAAGAAGAAACCUCCAACACACAGCCAAGACUCUGCGCCAUCAACAAUUCUACCUAAUCUGGGGAAGAUAAGUCCAGCAGUACGAAAGCCAUUACCACCCCCAAGGAAGAAACCGCCACCAAAGAAAUCUCCACCACUUUCCUAA